AUGCACGGUCUUUGUUCGGUUAACAAAAUCGUGCUUUGCGCGCUUGACAUUCUGUUCGGGAUCGUGCCACUUGUACUGAUGAUCCGCUCCCUCUGCAAACACCCGCCAGUAGACGUGGACGGUGAGCAGCACAGGGUCCUGGUUGCGCCGGAUACAGUGGCUCCGCCGCCACCGGCUGCGGCGGCUGCACCGCACCUGCGCUGGCCGGCGCUGACGUACUUCUCGUACGCGGCGCGAGGGCGCAGCGGCAGGGCGUCGGAGACGGUGGUGUGCGCCAUCUGCCUGGAUCCGCUCCGACACGCGUUCCACAGGGAUUGUGUCCGCGUGCGGGCUUGGAGCAGCAACAGCUGCCCGCUGUGUAGGGUCAAGAUCGUGUCGGGAUCAGACGGAGUCGCGGUUGCUGAUGACAUGGUGUAG